UCCACAAAGUCAGAGCAACAGAGGUAGCAGGGCUGCUGUAGCUGCGAAGGUGGCAGUAUAAGAGGCUUCAGAAAUAAGUAUAUUCCUCUGAGCAGUGCAGAAGCAGAUAUAAUAGGCUAAUGGAUUGAAACAUUUCUCAAGUUGGUUGACCCAGAAUAUGGCAUGUUUACAUGGCCAAGUGCACCAGUACUUGGACAGUUCAUCUUGAAGCACGAACAUGAGUGUCAUGGAAAGAAUGUUCUUGAGCUGGGAGCUGGAACAGCUCUACCCGGCAUAGUAGCUGCAAAAUGUGGUGCAAAUGUCAUUCUUAGUGAUUCAAGCAAAUUUCCAAAAUGCCAAGAAAAUGCUUUAAAGAGUUGCAUCUCAAAUAAUGUGGAAAGUAGAAUCAUCCAAGUACCGCUAACAUGGGGCGAAUUCACACCUGAGUUGUUGGACCUACCAAAAUUGGAUGUUAUUCUUGGAUCAGACUGUUUCUACAAUCCUAAUGACUUUGAAGACAUUAUUGUCACCAUUGCAUUUCUAAUGGAAAAGAACCCAAAUUGUGUCUUCUGGUGUACAUAUCAAGUUAGAAGCUCAAACUGGACUAUCGAGAAUAUACUCAAGAAAUGGAAACUUAAAUGUACACACAUCAAUUUGAGUUCCUUUGGUGGUGAUCAAGAAAAUCUGGGAGGCCACGAAAUAUCUCAAAAACAUGCUAUUCAAAUGCUUGAAAUCAAGAUGUUUUAG